AUGCAUAAAAUUGCCUUUUUAUUGGCAAUUUGCCUUACAAGUGCUGUGGCUCUUCCACAGCAGAGGAUCGCCGGUGGAUCACUAGCCACUGUUGCCCAACAUCCGUAUGCAGCAGUCUUUUUAUAUGCACGGGAUAAUGUUAACUAUCUAUAUGAAUGUGGUGGUACCAUUAUUAAUAACCGAUCUGUUCUCACAGCUGCUCUUUGUUGGGGUUUUAGACCUGCACAUCAGAUUCGCAUUCGGGUCGGCUCUUCUUACGCAAACAGCGGUGGCAGCAUCCACGGAGUCCGGCAACUCAUCGAACAUCCAAACUUGGACGACAGGACUGAGGAUAGCAAUAUUGGGAUAGUGAGAGUAGCGACUGCUUUUUCCUUUGGGAAUAAUGUGCGAGCUGGAUUAAUUGCGGGAUCUAAUUAUAUUGUUUUGGAAAAUCAAGCUGUGUGGGCUAUCGGAUGGGGUCAGAAAGGUGAAGGUGAACAGUUAUCGGAACAACUCCGCCAGGUUCAGAUCAGGAAAGUAAGCCAAAGUGUAUGCCGAAGCUAUCACGUCUCACGUUAUAUUUCCCCAAAUAUGUUGUGCGCAGGGUGGGAAGGUGGUGGGCGUGGAUCAUGCUGGGGCGACCACGGCUCACCUCUCCUGCAUAACGACAUAGUCGUCGGUAUAACGUCUUUUGGUACUGGAUGCGGAGGAUCAGGAUACCCCAGCAUCUAUACUAAAGUUUCUAGAUUUACCAGCUGGAUUUCAUCUAAUGCCUAAAAUAAAGUAUUUAUAUGAUGU